AAAAAAAAACUGAAAGCAUAAUUUCCGAUCGAAGAUGAUGUUUGCUUACUGGAUGAUAUAUGUCUGGUGUUUCCUGUCCACAUACUUCACCAAUUUGAAAUGUAUGGUUUUACCGGAGUAUCCCCUCCCCGUAUAUGAAGUUGAAUCCUGUCCGCUCAACGUCACAGCUGUGGAAAAAGCUGCGUUCAGACUGAACUGCAGUCAAGGAGAUGGCGCAUUCGAAAACUUAUACCAUUGCCUGCCCAACAGAAAUCUUUCUCGGCUUGUAGAAUUUUGUUAUGACCGAGUUCGAGGAUUUGUGGAAGGAGGGUAUUGUAUGAUUUUGGACUCUUCUGGGAUGCUUGACGGCUAUUCUUGCCAAAAAUUUUUACAUGGAUGUCCAGGAGGACCAUACUCUACAGAUGUUAUAUAUAAAUAUCCAAGUUGUCUGCAUAUCAAUGCUUUUGAGAAGUGUUUUUUAGCAGAACCAUUUUGCCCUAACAUAAGCAGAAACGAUGUCACUAGAAAAGUUGAGAUACCAUCUUUCAACACUACUACAAAGUCAGUUCAGAAGAAGAAUUCAAAAAAUUCAAUAGAGCACUUCUUGUGGCUUUUACUUCUUUUACCAAUUGCAGCAGGGAUUUCGAUUUAUGCAUGUCGGAAAAGAGGGACCCUUCCUUGUCAGGAAAAAAAGGAAAGACAUCGCGAUGAAGAGGAAUGCAAAGACAGUCUACUUACUGAAAGUAUAUAAUUUAAUUUUCUUUUUCUAAAGAAAGUUCGGGUAUAUUGUUGUUACUCAUGUCCAUCUUUUAGGAUAUGGUUGGUCUUGUCAUAUUGAUGUGCAGUAAGGUUUCGGUAUUUUCAUUUUUCGAGGUGUGCCGAGUGGUGCCAUCUAAAAAUGA